UUAGUCCUCCUCGGCUGUUCCUCCAACUCUAUAAAACAGAGAGACAGAGAUAUAGCUCAGAUGAGCCUAUUCAUACAAUAGCCUUUUCCUUGGACGACAAAUGAAGUAAAUGAAAAUUCAAUCAUCCGUCUUCUUCACAGAAGAAGAUGGCUCACCAUCACAAUCAACCACAACACCAAAAGCUUCCAUUUUUAUUAGAUUCUUUGUACUGCAAAAAUGAGAGCUUGGACGUGUUAGACACAGAAAAUUGUUUAACAGAGGAAGUAGAAGUAAACCCCAAGUCUAUUUCUUUGUUAGAACAAGACUUGCUAUGGGAAGAGGAAGAGUUAAGCUCUUUAUUGUCCAAAGAACAAGAGAAUCAAAUGUAUAAUAUUGUAAUAAACAACCCAUAUUUGUCUGUAGCAACAAGAGAGGCCGUUGAUUGGAUUCUUGAAGCCAUUGCCUAUCAUAAUUUCUCUGCUCAAACUGCAAUUCUUGCUGUAAACUACUUUGAUAGAUUUCUCUUCAGCUUUCAGUCACAAAGUGAAAAGCCAUGGUUGAAUCAUCUUGCUGCUGUGUCCUGUCUUUCUUUAGCUGCAAAAGUUGAGGAGACUCAAGUGCCUUUACUUCUAGAUCUCCAAGUGGAGGAAUCAAGAUACUUGUUUGAGCCAAGAACAAUUCAGAGAAUGGAGCUAUUGGUACUUACUACUCUCAAGUGGAAGAUGAAUCCAGUAACCCCAUUAUCAUUUCUUGAUUACUUCUCCAGAAGGCUUGGAUUGAAUAACCACAUUUACUAUGAAUUACUUAGAAGAUGUGAGAGAGUGCUUCUAUCCACUAUUAUUGCAGAUUUUAGAUUCAUGUGCUAUCUUCCUUCUACUAUGGCUGCUGCUACAAUGUUACACGUCAUUGAUAGGCUAGAGCCCUGCAUUGGAGAAGAGUACCAAGAACAACUUUUGGGUAUACUUGGAAUAGUAAAGGACAAAGUGACCGAUUGUUAUAGGCUAAUUCAGGAGGUGGCUUCCAACAUUGAUCUCAACUCAAACAAACGAAAGCCAAUUGGUGCCUUGCCAGGAAGUCCCAUAGGAGUUAUGGAUGUGUCAUUUAGUUCUGAUAGCUCCGAUGACUCGUGGGCAGUGGCUUCAUCAGUUUCUUUUUCUCCAGAGCCAUUGUCAAAGAAGACUAGAACAUAAACGUGGUUCCUGAGAAGGAAAAAGAAUGUUGCAUUAGACGCUAGAUGAUAAAGAGAGAGCUUUUUGGUUACAUGGCGAAAGUCGAGAAGACCAUGCCAGCUAAAGUCAAUCAAUAGAUUCUCAAAUUUGUUCGUGGAUUAAUCAUUCCGUAGAAGACUAUUGAUAGUCAAUUAGAUACGGAUCUAUUGUGUCCAAUAAUGGCAUGUUCUUCUUACGAUUCACAAGUUAAAUUGCUCGUCAUAUUUCCAUAACAAAAUUGACUCUUAUUGGAUAGUAGAGUUAAAGAUGGCCGGCAUUUUAUUUGGAGGAAAUUAAAAUGCGGAUUAACAGAGUAUUAAAAAUAA